AUUCUUGCAAUUCAGGUUUCAAGAAGAGUCCCCCAGCGGCGAGGGGAGGGGGAGAAAAAGUCGCAGGAGGGAAAAAGCAGCAGCAGCGCAGGCGCAAAAAGCAAAUCAAAGCCACCACCAGUCCACCACCGGCAGCUGCCGAGAGAGGUCUAGCCGAGGCCGCGCCGCGGAAGCAGGCAGGGGAGAGGAGAGGAAAAAGGAAAGCCAAAUCCAUCUACCCGUCCAUUCCACCCCGCACGCCGCCGCCGCAGCUCUCGCAGUCGCAGUCGCAGUCGCCGUCGCCGUCCCCAAACCCUACCCCCCCAUCCCCUCUUCCCGCGCGCAUGGGCCCCGCCUCGCCAGCGCCGCGACGAGCGCGCCUGCCCCCGCCGCUCCGGCGCCGGUAGCAGCAGCAGCACCAGCGGCGGCGGCGGCAGCUGUGUCUGUGUGCCGCGCGUCUUUGUCGGCAGGGGAUGGCGCGGCUGGGGCGAGAGGGCUGCCGCUCCGGUCGAGGUCGAGGUCGAGGUCGAGGGAUUCGCGAAUAUACAUUGAGAAAUUUUGUGUUCAAUGUCUUGGGUGCUGUAUUGACCCUGGAAUUUCUCAUUGGGAUCAAUUUGAUUGUUCAAACGUCAGCUCUAGAAGUAGUCGCCCCUGCCAUGCCUCCAUUCCAAGGUUGGAGACCAUUUCGUUCUUUGGCAUCCCAAGCUGAAGUCCUUGCAAGUGUUUCUGCACAACCAGAGGAUGGCAUCCAAAGACAAAAGAAGCUAUAUUCAUCAGCUGUUGCCAUGUCAUCUGUACAUCCCCCUAUAUCAGCGCCUAUCUAUAGUUCCAUGCCUGGUGCUUUAGAUCUGGCCAUUUAUUCCUCAGAUCUAUCACAUACUCCAGUGCAGCAUACCAGACACUUAGCAACAGCUGCUCCUGCUCACGUAGAUGCUGACCCUCCGGAUGCAGCUUCAAAUUCUAGCGCAGCUCCUUCUGGAUUGGUGCAGCCUCCAGUAUCUCCUCACAAUGGUUGUUGUGCACCAAACAUGGUACAGAAACGAGGGACCCGGGACUGCCAUUGUGUUUAUCCAGUGAGAAUUGAGCUCUUCCUUCGUAAUGUUUCCUUGACUUCAAACUGGAGCAACGAAUUUCUUCAAGAACUUUCUUCUCAGCUCAACUUGCGUGUUAAUCAAUUUGAGAUUGUAAAUUUUUAUGUUGUUGGAGCUUCUGGGCUAAAUAUCACAAUGGAUAUAGCUCCCCAUACCGGAAUUAGCUUUGCUGCUGAUCAAGUCAAGGCAAUGAAUUAUUCACUUACUCUGCAUACAGUUCAGAUUGAUCCUGUGUUGGUCGGGGACUACAAUCUUCUUAAUUUAACUUGGUUCAGGCCAUUGGCUCCAGCCCCAGCUCCAGAAUUCACAAUAGCGCCUAGGGCCUCUCCAUCUACAGUAUCCAACUUACCAAGACCAAGUGAGGGUCCCAGCAACAAUGGACAUCCAAGCCUGAUUACUGUGGUUAUCAUAUGCGUUGGUUCUCUAAUUGGAGUCUUGCUGAUUGUUUUAAUAAUAUGCUUCUGCACAUUUAGGAAAGGAAAAAAGAGAGUGCCUCGUGUUGAAACCCCCAAGCAAAGGACGCCAGAUGCAGUUUCUGCAGUGGAGUCCCUUCCUCGCCCCACCAGCACAAGGUUCCUUUCAUAUGAAGAACUGAAAGUGGCAACAAAUAACUUUGAGCCUUCAAGUGUGCUUGGAGAAGGUGGUUUUGGUCGUGUCUACAAGGGGAUACUGAGUGAUGGCACUGCUGUUGCUAUAAAGAAGCUUACUAGUGGAGGGCACCAAGGAGAUAAGGAGUUUUUAGUUGAAGUGGAAAUGCUGAGCAGGUUGCAUCACCGGAAUCUUGUGAAACUGAUUGGUUACUAUAGUAGCCGUGAGUCAUCACAGAACCUUCUUUGUUAUGAGCUUGUUCCCAAUGGAAGCCUAGAGGCUUGGCUUCAUGGUGCACUAGGUGCUAGCUGCCCCUUGGAUUGGGACACCAGGAUGAGGAUAGCACUUGAUGCUGCCAGGGGAUUAGCAUACCUCCAUGAGGAUUCACAGCCUUGCGUAAUCCACAGGGAUUUCAAAGCAUCUAAUAUAUUGCUUGAGAAUGAUUUCCAUGCUAAAGUGUCCGAUUUUGGUUUGGCAAAACAGGCGCCAGAAGGUCGGACGAAUUAUCUUUCUACUCGUGUUAUGGGAACUUUCGGGUAUGUUGCACCGGAGUAUGCUAUGACAGGACACUUGCUUGUAAAAAGUGAUGUAUAUAGCUAUGGCGUUGUUCUACUUGAACUACUAACUGGGAGGAGGCCUGUGGAUAUGUCACAGCCCUCUGGGCAGGAAAACCUAGUGACUUGGGCACGGCCAAUUCUCCGAGAUCAAGAUAGAUUAGAAGAACUAGCUGACCCCAGGCUUGGUGGCCAGUACCCGAAAGAUGAUUUUGUGCGGGUGUGCACAAUCGCAGCAGCCUGUGUUUCACCAGAGGCAAACCAAAGACCAACAAUGGGCGAGGUGGUGCAGUCACUCAAGAUGGUACAACGCUCUGUGGAGUUCCAGGAAUCUAUGCCAACACCGCCUGCUCGCCCCAACAUCCGGCAAUCCUCGACGACCUAUGAAUCUGAUGGUACCUCGUCCAUGUUCUCUUCGGGCCCCUUCUCAGGCCUCAGCCCCUUUGAGACCGAAACCAUUCCAAGAACUGCGGUUUUCUCAGAAGAUCUCCAUGAAGGUCGAUGACUGAUCUGGGAGUCCAAGGUGUACUCUCCGGCGGAUAAGGUGCUGCUCAACUGUGGGUCGACGACGGACGGCCUGGACGCGGACGGGCGGAAGUGGGUGGCCGACACGAACGACAACACGUGGCUGACCGACUCCGGCAAGUCGUCGCUGUUGAUGGCGGCCGACAAGGUGGACAAUGGUCUGCCGUCCACCAUCCCCUACAUGACGGCUCGGGUGUUCACCACGGAGGCCGUGUACAACUUCUCGGUGAAACCGCACGACCGGCACUGGGUGCGCCUCCACUUCUACCCGUCCUCGUACAACGGCAUCGCCGCCAAAGGCUUCCACUUCUCCGUGUCCACGUCCACCGGCAUCACCCUGCUCCGCAACUUCAGCGUCUACACCUACACCAAGGCGCUGACCCAGGCGUACGUCAUCCGGGAGUUCUCCCUCCCGCCUACCCCCGCGGGUUUCCUCACCCUCACCUUCACCCCGACGCCCAUGGGCAACGAGACCUACGCCUUCGUCAACGGCAUCGAGGUGAUCUCCAUGCCCGACAUCUUCGUCGACCCGGCCAUCAUGGUCGGCUUCGCGGACCAGACCGUGGACAUCGCCAGCUCCACGCUCGAGACCAUGUACCGGUUCAACGUCGGCGGCUCCUACAUCCCGCCGUCCAACGACUCCGGCCUCACCCGGAACUGGUACGACGACACGCCCUACGUGUACGGCCCCACGCAGGGCGUCACCUACAGGGCCGGCCCGCAUUUCCAGAUCAAGUACCCCAGCGAGACCGCCGAGUACGCCGCGCCGCCGGAGGUGUACCUGGGCACCCGCUCCAUGGGCUCCGACCCUCGCCUCAACCAGAACUACAACCUCACCUGGACCAUGCCGGUGGACGGCAACUUCACCUACGUCGCGCGCCUCCACUUCUGCGAGCUGCUGCUCAGCCGUGCCAACCAGCGGGCGUUCGACAUCUACGUCAACAACAAGACGGCGCAGUCCGACGCCGACGUGAUCGGCAUGACGUCGGAGAAGGGCGUGCCCUUGUACAAGGACUACGCGGCGUACGUCUCCCAGGAGCCCGACGGCCAGUCCAUGUGGGUGGCGCUGCACCCGUCCGUGGCGCUCCGCCCGCAGUUCUACGACGCCAUCCUCAACGGCCUCGAGAUCUUCAAGCUCAACGACACCGCCGGCAACCUCGCCGCGCCAGACCCCGAGCCGUCCAGGUUGCUCGCCAAGGCGGAGAUGGGCGCCGGAGACCACGCGGCGCACAAGUCCAAGCCGCAUCCCCACAUGGCGAGGGUGAUGGGCGGCACGGCGGGCGGCGCGGCCGCGCUCGGGAUCGUCGCCGCCAUCUGCGUCGUGUGGUACCAUGAGAAGAAGAAGAGGGAGGCAGCAGCCAGCGCCGGCGGCUCGCACGCCUCCGGGUGGCUGCCGCUCUACCACUCCUACACCAGCAACAAGUCGUCGGGCCACCUCCCGGCGAACCUCGCGGGCAUGUGCCGGCACUUCUCGUUCGCCGACAUCAAGGUGGCCACCAAGAACUUCAGCGAGUCGCUGGUGAUCGGCGUCGGCGGGUUCGGCAAGGUGUACCGGGGCGUCGUGGAUGGCGACACCAAGGUGGCCAUCAAGCGGUCCAACCCGUCGUCGGAGCAGGGCGUGCACGAGUUCCAGACGGAGGUGGAGAUGCUGUCCAAGCUGCGGCACCGGCACCUCGUCUCCCUCAUCGGCUUCUGCGAGGACGCCGGCGAGAUGAUCCUCGUGUACGACUACAUGGAGCACGGCACGCUGCGGGAGCACCUCUACAUGGGCGGCAAGCCGCCGCUGUCGUGGCGGAAGCGCCUCGACAUCUGCAUCGGCGCCGCGCGGGGAUUGCACUACCUCCACACGGGCGCCAAGUACACCAUCAUCCACCGCGACGUCAAGACCACCAACAUCCUCGUCGACGGGGACUGGGUCGCCAAGGUCUCCGACUUCGGCCUCUCCAAGUCCGGCCCGACCACCAUGAACCAGACACACGUCAGCACCAUGGUCAAGGGCAGCUUCGGGUACCUCGACCCGGAGUACUUCCGGCGGCAGCAGCUCACGGACAAGUCCGACGUCUACUCCUUCGGCGUCGUCCUCUUCGAGGUGCUGCUCGCGCGGCCGGCGCUCGACCCGGCGCUGCCACGGGAGAAGGUCAGCCUCGCCGACUACGCGCUCAGCUGCCAGCGGAACGGCACCCUGAUGGACGUCAUCGACCCAGCGAUCAAGGACCAGAUCGCGCCGGAGUGUUUCAAGAAGAUCGCCGACACGGCCGAGAAGUGCCUCGCCGAGAUGAGCAUCGAGCGGCCGUCCAUGGGGGACGUCCUGUGGAACCUCGAGUUCGCGCUGCAGCUGCAGGACACCUUCGAAGGAGGCAGCAGCGGGCGGCGGACCGUCGGCGACGGCAGCGGCACGGGCCGCGCCGCGCUCGAGCCGAGCAACAGCAACGGGAGCACGGCAAGUGUCACGACGCUGGGGACGUCGUCCACGUCCCGGGCGCACGAGGCGUGCGUCAUCAUGGAGGAGACCGACGACGAGGUGGCUAACAGCGCGGCCUUCUCGCAGCUCGUGUGCCCAACUGGCCGGUAACACGCCGGCGGCGGUUAUGCAUGCGCGCUCAUAGUGCUUGAUUAGAAAAAUUCACAUCUGCUCCGUAUUGGUUACGCUAAUUUAGUAAAUGCUUGGUUUUUUUUGGGUAGAGAGAUUACAAUGUAGUGUAGUUCUCAUGAAAUUUUGGACCCUGCUUUCAGCUUUUUUUUAAAAUAGGUAGAAACAAAGAUACGUUUCACGGCUACUUCAAGGGAGAUAGAGAUAAAA